AUGAUUGAACAAUACUCCUCAAGUUGCCGGUCGAUCCUUACGGCACACGAGCCAGGAACCCUCGAGGCUACGACCCUAGACACGGCACGACGUCACCGCAAGUUGCGUGAUGACCAGUUGUCUGUUAAGUUCGAGAAAAUUAGCCCGCCAAAGCAACCAUCUCCUGAUGGAGUUCUGGUUCACAACUUGUCCUCCCCUCCUGUAUCACCACAACAACUAGCAGUUAUAUCCUAUGACCCAAAAUUCAGCAUGAGAGAUGCUCGCCCAGAAGACUUUAUCGCAGCUUUAGAAUCGGCGCUCCAGAAAUGCGAAGCAGCAGAAGAACGAGAACUUCUGAAAAUACGAAAAAUUGAGAAUAUUGUCACCCUGCCCAUUGACAAAGGACGCUCGACGGUCAUCAUGGAUAAGGUGGAGUAUGGGGCAAAAUUGAACGACCUCUUGAUGGACAAGGAGUCCCACGCACCGUUGACUGCCAGCGAUUUCAAGAAGCUCGUGAACAACAUUAACAAAGCGGUCGACAAACUGAAGAAGUCGGGGACUCUGACGAGAAGAGAAGCGCUGGCUGCAAAGGCCACCGACGCUGCAAUGGCACAUUUCUACGGCCUAACAAAGGUGCGAAAACCAGGAGUGCCCUUACGUCCCAUCGUAUCCUUACGAGGCAUCCUAAAAGUGGCUGUUUCAACGAUUGUGCUUCCUCACCAAAGAUUCAAAAUUCACAAUGAAGUCUGCUAA